AUGGAGGCGAAUGGUGUUGUUCUUAGUAGUAAUUUAAUAAAAUGGUUACAAACUCUUAAUCUAGUAGCAAAACAUGGAAAUCCUGCAGAACUAUCUGAUGGUGUAGCAAUAGCUGAAGCUCUAAGCCAGAUUGCACCAGAAUUUUUCACUGCUUCAUGGAAUUCAAAAAUUAAAACUGAUGUGGGACAAAACUGGAGACUCAAAGUUAGUAACAUAAAGAAAAUAUUAGAAGGAGUUGUAGAUUAUCAUCAAGAUGUUCUCAAUUUAAGUCUCCAAGAGUUUUCGCGGCCAGAUGUUGUAAACAUUGCUGAACAUGCAGAUCCAGAGGAUUUAGGGAGACUUCUACAACUUGUGCUUAGUUGUGCAGUCAACUGUAACAAGAAAGAAGAGUACAUCACGCGAAUUAUGGAACUAGAGCUGUCAUGUCAGCGAUCUAUAAUGCAAGCAAUACAGGAGUUGGAAAAUAUUACUUUGGGACAAAUUCGAGCGAGUCUGCCUGUCGAUGGGCCCACGACGGAGCACACGGAUGUUGAUAUGAAAGAGGUUCUUGCUCAGAGAUGUCAUGAACUUGAUGCGCAAGUAAAAGCCCUUCAAGAAGAAAAUAUGACGCUAUUAAGUGAAAUGAACAGGCUCACGGCAGCCCGGGAGGCUGACAACGAGAGCAAAGACGACCUGGAUGAUGCUGGAGCAUCCUUAGGACCAGCACACGCUGGUACAUUACGGUACAGCAAUAUGCGUAAACAACUGGAUUCUCUGAAGGAUGAGCUGGAUAAGGUGGAGUUACAGAGAGAUGAUCAGAAAGCGAGAGCAGAUGUUCUUGAACGAGAAGUCGCGCUUUUGAAAUUGAAGAAUGAAGAGCUACAGAUAGCGGCAAUUGACAACGUCGCGCUAAAAGACGAAGUUGAUGCGUUGAGGGAAACGGCGGCAAAGGCGGCUGCUUUAGAAGCCACUGUGGCCUCUUACAAGAAGAGGAUGGAGGAACAUGUGGACUUGCGGAGACGGGUAAAACUACUUGAGGUAGCAAACACGGAGCACGUACACCGGGCUAUAGAGUACGAGCAGGCGGCAAAUCGCGCCAACGCUAUUCGGGGACAAUUAGACAUUUAUAAGAAACAGGUAAUAGAUUUAAAUGAGAAGUUAGAUGCUGAAGUAACCAAAGCUGACCGAUUGGAGAUAGAAAACAAGAAACUUAGCAGUCACGUGGCGUCGCUCCAACGAGAGAAAGAUACAUUACUGCAAGACCGAGACAAACUAAAGGAGACGGUAGAAGAGUUGCGCUUCUCAACUAUUACAUCAGAUGAUAUUGCAAACUCUAGAGCGAAUGAAAAUGUAUCGCAGGAGUUGAUGCCGAACGAUGUUAAAGAGAGAUUAAUAAGGCUAGAACAUGAAAAUAAGUUAUUAAAGCAAAACCAAGGCGCACAGGCUGAUCAGGCUUCAGUACAAACUCUUCUAGAAGACUAUGUGGCUCGUUUGGAGAAGCAGCGAGCGAUGAAUCGCGAGGCGAAUCAACGGAUAAUGCAGUUGGAAGCGGCCAUAGAGGCGCCCCAUCCGAGACUAGCUUCUGCUAUUGAAGAUAAUCAAAGAAAAUCGCUACAAUUAGAAGAGCUGCAAGCGGCUUUAGCUGAAGAACGGCGUCGAGCAGGUAAACUCCAAGAAGCCGUAACAGCACGUGAAGCUGAACUGCUAGCGACGGAAGACAAGUACAAGAAGUGCGUCGAAAAGGCGAAGGAAGUCGUACGAACGCUUAAUCCGAGGACCACGGGUCAACAACCCUUGUCAGAUGCAACUUUGGGAUACUCUCGAGCGAUCACUAGUGCAAGUGGAGCCUGUACGACCGUAGCACGACCUGAAGCCACGCCCCCUAACGCGCAGAGACAUGAGUGGAGCGGGACAGAAGAGAGCCGUGUUUCAGUGAACGAGCAACGGCUAAUGGCGUCCGCGUGGUACGAGCUUGGCGCACGUUGCCAUCGCGACGCAGUCGAAAGUAAGUUCGCGUUAUUAUCGGCAGGACACUCGUUCCUGGCGAGACAAAGACGUCAACCCCCCAGGCCGAGGCAUUCCCCCGCUGCGCCUGCGCAUUAA